UUGUUUAGUGAGAAGCUAAUUAAGUGAUAAUAACCCAAUUGCUGGCUGACUUUUAACAUGCCAUCUUCACAUGGCAAGUCUGCUGUAAUUGGAGGCUGUAAAUCACUUCUACUUUGCUGUCCUCUUCUUGUUUUCUUCACUCUUGCAUUGCUGCUUCCAAUAGGGAUUUGGACUAAUUAUUGCCCAUCAUCUUCUUCUUCUUCUUUAAGAUUGUUCUUAAGUUCUUUAUAUUAUUCAUCUUCAUUAGAUAAUGAAUCAAGAUCAGAGCUUGAGAGUAGGAAUGAUUCCAAUUCCCCCACCAAUCUAAGCCAUUUGGUGUUUGGGCUUUUGGGGUCGGAGAAAGCGUGGCACCACCGGAGAGCCUACGUAGAGUCGUGGUGGCGGCCCAACGCCACGGUAGGGUUCCUCCAGUUGGAUAAACCCCCCGGGGCAGAGCUCCUGCCGUGGCCUCCCAGCUCACCUCCUUAUCGGGUGUCUGACAAUGUAAGUCGGGUGGUGGAAGAAACCAACCAUGUGAAUCCCCGUGUGGCCCGAAUGGUCCACGGGAUCAUGGAGACAGUCAGGGAUGCGCCUCAACGGGCUACAGGGACGUUGAGGUGGGUCGUUAUGGGGGACGAUGACACAAUAUUUUUGGUGGAUAAUUUGGUGGAUGUUCUUGCUCAAUAUGACCACACUAAGUACUACUAUCUUGGGGGGCAUUCUGAGUUCAUUCAUGCAAAUAAUUACUUCUCCUUCAAGCAGGCCUUUGGGGGAGGUGGAAUUGUGUUGAGCUUUCCUUUGGCCAUGGCCAUGGCGGAUGGCAUCAUGGAUUGCCUCAAGAGGUAUUCUCACCUCAAUAGUGCUGAUAAAACUACUGGCUAUUGCAUUGCUGAUCUUGGGGUUAAUCUGUCUCCUCACCAAGGUUUUCACCAGAUUGAUAUGCAUGGGGACAUAUCGGGAUUCUUAUCAUACCACCCAAACGCGCCCUUAAUAUCCCUUCACCACUUUGACAUGGUGAACCCAAUCUUCCCCUCCAUGAACAGAGCCGAAUCGGCCCGACAUUUCAUGGCCGCCGCGAACUCCGACCAACCUCGGAUGUUGCAGCAGCUGCUCUGCUUCCACCGGCCCAGAAACUGGUCGUUCUCCGUCGCCUGGGGAUAUUCCGCCAACAUUUACGAGAAGAUCAUGCCGAGGAGCUAUCUGCAGAACCCCAUCGAAACUUUUCAGACAUGGGGGCCCAGUCCCCGGCCGCCGAACUGGAUUUUCGAUGUCCGCAAACGUACGACGACGGACCCGUGUCUUGUCCCUCACGCUUUCUUUCUUGAGUCGGUGGAGGAGGUGACUGCGCGGGAUGAGAUUGUGGCGACGUACCGGCGGUCGUGGCGGCGAGGGUUGCCAGCUUGCUUCGCCGGAGACGGCGACCAGUCGGCUGACCGGAUUUCCAAGAUUGUAGUAUACUCACCCGUGACAAAGCCCGCAAAGAUUGGUAGAAGUGAAUGCUGUGAUGUAACGAUUGAUAGUGUUGACUCCGAAAGCGCCGUCAUCAAAACUAGAAGAUGCAUGGCAGAUGACAUCAUUGCUUGAUUCUUCAGGCAUGCGAUUAUGUAUCAUAUGUUUCUUAUGUAAAUAGGACAUCAUUCUACAAUUAUGUAUCAACUAAUAUCAUGUUUUAAGAGAUUAA